AUGGACUUGUGGAGGUGGGAUGAAGCAUCAUCACAAGAAGUACCCCCAGGGAACAGGCUGUCAGGGCUGGAAGGAACUGACCUCGGCUUCUAUUUCCCUGAACUGGCGCUCCAAGGCGACACGCUGACAGCGGAGACACACUGGAAAGGGUCCCCACAGCUGGACUGGGGCUCCACAUUACCACACCCAGGAAUUCCAUGGGAGGCAGAGUACGCCCCUCAGGCUCUUCCGUGGUCAGGAGACUGGACAGACCAGGCGUGCACCGGUUCUGCUACGGGGAGCCACGUCUCGCAGGCCCUGGGCCCCACCCCGUGCGCUGACUCCGAAGGGCCCGCGGGCCCGCUGGGUGCCGCCUCGGCGGGAGGGGCCCACCCGUGCUCGCGCGUCCAGGCUGCGGCCAGCUCCCCCGGCUGGGACUGUUGCCUUGGCCCCGACAGCGCCACUUGCUGGGGCAAGGGCCACGGGGGAGAGCCGCGCGGGGACUACCGGCUUUCGUGGGGUGAGCCUGUGGGCUCGGACUAUGCCUCCCUCUGGGAGUCGGGGCUGCACGCGGAUUCCACCACCACCUGGCAGGAGCAUCAGAGUUCAGGUCUCACCACCCCCUCAGAAACCAGCGAGCAGGCAGGCAGCGCAACGUUGGCUGGUUACCCCAAAACUAACCACCGAGGUCCCAUUCAACUGUGGCAAUUUCUCCUGGAGUUACUCCAAGACGGGGCGCGAAGCAGCUGUAUCCGCUGGACCGGUAACAGCCGCGAGUUCCAGCUCUGCGACCCCAAAGAGGUGGCGCGCCUGUGGGGCGAGCGCAAGAGAAAACCCGGCAUGAAUUAUGAAAAGUUGAGCAGAGGCCUGCGCUACUACUACCGCCGCGACAUCGUGCGCAAGAGCGGUGGGCGCAAGUACACGUACCGCUUCGGGGGCCGCGUGCCGGGUCUGGCCCACCCCGACAGCACUGGGGGCCGACAUGGUGCAGCGACUCAAUAA